CCACCGCGCUACUUUGCUGACCAUGACCAGGGGCACGCGAGUUAUGUCGACCGGCGGUCAAAGCGGCCCUCACGAUUCUGGAAGACAAUGAAAGACCCAACGACCUUGUUGCGUUCACCUUUCUUUGUAAGGUGUUCAAUGCGAUCGGAGAUGAUAUUAAUAUGUUGGCCAUUUUUUCCUGCGUGCGCACAUACAAGAACGAGUUUUCUACCAUCUCUUCAGAUUUCCCUCGCGAGCCUUCCGCAGCAGGUCUCGCAGCUGCUACUGACGCGGGGCAAGGGCGCACCGCAGCAGAGAAUAACGGUUCCCGGGAUGAUGCGAACUCGCGAUCCGUUGUGUCUGAGGAGCAAAGCAAUGCCAACGUCACAUCCAAUGCUCCAAUCAUCUCACGGUUCAGGAUGAAGGACUGGAUUCACGACGAUGACUUCCGACCGGCCACUUGCGAUGGACCCUGCGGUCGUAGAUUUUCGAAUUACGAUCAUCUACGUAUGUGCCGUCAGGACAUGUCGGAGCGUUGCAGCGAUUGCUUCGCUUUGCCUGACGGACAAGCUUGGGUAAGCCCGCUGUACCAUGUGACCGGCAAAUGCUCGCCACUGCACGACUUUUUCCAGUUCCCUCCCGUCACGACGCGAUUCAGGUAUGGCGAGAUAUUGGUGGAUGGGAAAGCGAUGGGCAUCGGAGAAUGGGUGGUCGGAAUCCGGAAACUCUUUGAUAUCGAAUGAAAGAGCAGACACGUCGACGAGCAUGGGAUGUUCGGAAUGUGAAAGUGAUCAAUACAUGGCGAGGAGCCCAGCCUGGUGGCACGAAAUAAUCCUCGCCCUCCUUUGCUCCUUUUCCUGCUCGAACUACCAAGAGCGAAGGCAUUG